AUGGGCGGCGGGGCGCGGGAGCUGUGCGGGUACCUGGCGGCGCUGGGCGGGUGGGUGUCGGCGCUGGCGGCCGCGGUGCUGCCGCAGUGGCGGCAGAGCUCGUACGCCGGGGACGCCAUCAUCACGGCCGUGGGGCUCCACGAGGGGCUGUGGAUGAGCUGCGCCGCCCAGAGCACCGGGCAGGUCCAGUGCCGCCUGCACGACUCGCUGCUCUCGCUCGACGUUCACAUCCAGACCUCCCGGGCUCUCAUGGUCAUUUCCCUCCUCCUGGGCUUCUUCGGCAUCAUCGUGAGCGUGGUGGGCAUGAAAUGCACUAAGGUUGGGGAGGAGGAUCCUGUCACCAAAAGCCGCAUAGCCGUUGCUGGAGGUGUCCUCUUCAUCCUCUCUGGUCUGUGCUCGCUGGCUGCCGUGUCCUUGUACGCCACACAGGUGACCUACGAGUUCUUCAGGGAGAGCGCCGUCCCCAUCAACGCCAGGUACGAGUUUGGCUCUGCCCUCUUCGUUGGCUGGGGGGCCGCCGGCCUCUCCAUGCUGGGGGGGUCCCUCCUGUGCUGCUCCUGCCCUGCCAAGGAGCGCCGAGCGCAGCAGUACCUGCGGCAGACACAGCCCUCCACCUCCCGGGAGUACGUCUGA